AUGGACGAAAGAGAGAAGAAUGGGAAUGGAAACCACGAGAGGGUAAAAGACGAUUCUGCCCUUGAGAACUCACCUAGGAGUCCUUUAAGCUCCAUAGAUCUCGCCAUUGAUGGUGCCAUGAACGCUUCAAUUGAGCAGCUUUACAACAAUGUCUGUGAAAUGGAGAGCUCUGAUGAUCAAUCUCCAUCGAGGGCUAGUUUCAUUUCGUACGGAGCUGAAUCGAGAAUCGAUUUGGAGCUGAGGCAUCUUGUGGGAGAUGUGGGAGGAGAAGUUGUAGAGAGGAAGAAAGAGAUUAUCUUGGAGAAGAAGGAAGAAAGCAGCGACAGUAGAAGUAGCUUGAAUCAGAAGAAACCAGGUGAGUCUCACUCCAAUGGUAAGAAGAACGUUGCGAAAACCGCAGGUUCGAGGAUCUCUUCGAGGAAAUCGAAAUCCCCGGAUUCUGUGGAUGAGGAGAGUCCUGAGCUCGGGCCGUGGUUGUUGAAGCAAGCUAGAGAGAUGGUUUCUUCUGGUGAGAAUCUGAACAAAGCUCAUGAUUUGGCGCUGCGAGCUGUGAAAGCGUUUGAGAAAUGUGCACAAGGAGAGAAACAACAAAGGUUGAAUUUGGUGAUGUCUUUGCAUAUCUUGGCAGCGAUCUAUGCGGGUUUAGGGAGAUAUACUGAUGCAGUGCCUGUUCUUGAGCGUUCUAUUGAGAUACCAAUGAUUGAAGAUGGUGAGGAUCACUCGUUGGCGAAAUUCGCAGGUUGUAUGCAGCUUGGUGACAUGUACGGUUUGAUGGGUCAGGUCGAAAAUUCGAUUUUGCUUUACACAGCUGGUUUAGAGAUCCAAAGACAAGUUCUUGGAGAAACAGAUGCACGAGUUGGGGAAACUUGUAGGUACUUGGCAGAAGCUCAUGUUCAAGCAAUGCAAUUCGAAGAAGCCUCGAAGCUUUGUCAAAUGGCAUUGGACAUUCACAAAGAGAACGGAUCUUCCACGACAGCUUCUAUUGAGGAAGCUGCGGAUAGAAAACUGAUGGGGCUUAUCUGUGAUGCGAAAGGUGAUUACGAGGUUGCGCUUGAGCAUUAUGUUUUGGCUAGCAUGGCAAUGUCGUCUCAGAAUCACAGAGAGGAUGUUGCAUCAAUAGAUUGCAGUAUCGGUGAUGCUUACAUGUCUCUAGCUCGGUUUGAUGAAUCGAUAUUCGCGUACCAGAAGGCUUUGGCUGUGUUUAAGCAAGCAAAAGGUGAGAAUCAUUCCUCUGUUGCUUCGGUUUAUGUCAGGCUUGCUGAUUUGUACAACAAAAUUGGGAAAAUACGUGAUUCAAAAUCCUACUGCGAAAAUGCUCUUAGGAUUUACCUUAAACCAUCUCCGGGAACUCCUGUGGAAGAGGUUGCAACUGGUUUUAUAGAGAUUUCGGCGAUAUAUCAGUCGAUGAACGAACUUGAACAAUCUCUUAAGUUGCUGAGGCGGGCAUUGAAGAUAUAUGAAAACGCUCCAGGUCAACAGAACACGAUUGCCGGUAUCGAAGCUCAAAUGGGUGUGAUUUCCUACAUGAUGGGGAAUUAUCCGGAAUCUUAUAACAUUUUCAAGAGCGCGAUAUCGAAGUUCCGCAACAGCGGAGAGAAAAAAACAGCUCUUUUCGGGAUUGCGUUGAAUCAGAUGGGACUUGCCUGCGUUCAGCGUUACUCCAUCAACGAAGCUGCAGAUUUGUUCGAAGAAGCGAAAACUAUUCUGGAGAAAGAGUACGGACCGUACCAUCCCGAUACGUUAGCAGUUUACAGUAACCUCGCAGGAACAUACGACGCAAUGGGCAGGCUAGAUGAUGCUAUAGAGAUACUGGAGUAUGUCGUUGGGACAAGAGAAGAGAAGCUUGGGACAGCGAAUCCGGAGGUGGAGGACGAGAAGCAGAGGCUAGCUGCAUUGUUGAAGGAGGCUGGAAGAGGAAGGGUUAAGAGAAACAGAGCACUUCUUACCCUUUUGGACAAUAACCCUGAAAUUGCACCAAACUGUGGACAAAGACCGGUUUAUUGA